CGGAAAUCACGUGUGCAGAUUCCAGCCACAAUCCACCUGCGCGAGCGAGCUCAGCUAGUGGACUUCUGAUGCUGCGCGAGACUGCCGAAAGAAGAGUGAACACGAAACAUCACAUGUCGGGGGGAAAAGUUGUUUUUAUACCUACACCGGUUACUAAAUUGUGGUUUAAAAGCAGAGGAAUGGAUUUGAGGACGUACUGCCUUUGUUUAUUCAAUGUUAUUCUCCUCGCAGGCCCAGCCUGUGGACUACAGAUCACUUCCACUGGCCCCACAUCCAUUGAGAAAGCCAGUGGAGAGACUGUGAAGCUGGACUGUCAGUUUACUCUUGCUGCUGAGGAUUCUGGGCCUCUGGACAUUGAGUGGAGCCUGCAGCCCUCUGACAACCAGAAAGAAGAGAAAGUGGUGAUUGUGUACUCAGGCGACAGGGCCUUUGAGCACUACUAUGAACCUCUUAAAGGAAGAGUCCACUUCAACUCCCCUGACCCUAAAAAUGGUGAUGCCUCCAUGAACAUCAUGGGUCUGAAAGCCACAGACACAGGAACCUAUCAGUGCAAGGUGAAGAAGGUUCCUGGUAUCAGCAGCAGGAAGUUCCUCCUAACCGUCAUGGUGCGCCCCUCUAAACCCAGAUGUUAUGCAGAGGGUCAGACUCAUGCGGGGAAAGAUAUGGUGUUGAGGUGUAGCUCUGUGGAGGGCACACAACCACUGCAGUACAUUUGGGAAAGAACCACAGGCAAUAAACUGCUGCCGCCCCUGGCAGUGCUGGAUCCAGUCGGGGGCACCAUGAGUCUGAGGAAUGCGACUGAGACAGCUUCAGGAACAUACAAAUGCAUUGCUAAAAAUCGUGUUGGAGCAGAAGAGUGUUCGGUGGAGGUCAACAUCACACAACCCCCGAACACAGCCGGCGUCAUCGCAGGUGUAAUAAUCUGCAUUCUGCUGGUUCUCAUUCUUCUCGCCCUCCUCCUCUUCUGUUGCUGCCGUGCCCGCAACAAGAAGAAGUACGAGAAGGAGAUUGCCUAUGAGAUCAGAGAGGAUGUCCCCCCUCCAAAGAGCCGUGUUUCUACUGCACGCAGUUUCACCAGCGUGGGCAGCCAGCGCUCCUCUCUGGGCUCCAUGUCACCCUCAAACCUGCACGAGUACACCAAGCCCCAGUACGACAAGAUACCUUCUGAAGAGUACGAGAGGCCCCCUAGUCAUGCCCCUAUUCCCCCACCCAGCAGAAUGGCUGGCCCCAACCUCAGCCGCAUGGGAGCCAUCCCUGUCAUGGUCCCUGCCCAGAACAGGGAUGGGUCCAUUGUGUAAAGCUGAACUGGGAUCAUUCGCCACACAGUUUAGACUGUCACUAUUCUAUUCAUUGUUCUAGCGGAAUUUGUGAAGGAGCAAAUGAAGGUUUCUGCAGAGAGUCGAACUCCGCUGUACCAUCUCUGAUAAUACAAUUUGACUCACAGAACUUCAACAAACAUUAACAAAAAAAACUUUAUUCAAUAGGAUGCGGAAAGGUGAUUGAUUCACCUGCUCCUGUUUUGUAAAUAAUGCAAUGCAUGAUGUUCUUUUUUUUUUUUUUUUUUUAAAUAGAAGGCCCUGUCUAAUAUAAGGCACUUGAAUUGUUUGCCUGUUAAGUGUUCUCCAGAGAUUAAAUGAAACCCAUUGAACUAAAUGAAAUGUAUGUAGAACAAACCAUAGUUCUUGGCUUUAGAUGAAAACUCCCAAGCUAUUUGUUAUUCUUUUUGCUUUUUUAUCAGUUUGAAAUAUUUUCAGGCAACUUUAAACCAUUUAUCUAUGACAAUUAUUAUCUCUUUAUGCUACAAAAGCCUGGUAAAGAUUUACUCAAAGUCUGUGGAAAAUAUGUGGGUUGGCUUUGGUUUCUGGAUGAGAUUGUUUUUAAAAAAGAUAAAAGCGUUUGUUUAGAUUAAAAAUUAUUUACAUGUUAUUUGUAUAUAUGAACAUGAAAUUGAUUUAUCUGGCAAUGAGCGAAUACUGUGAUUCUUAACCUGCUUUGAUUUUUAUGGACCAUUUGGCAGUUGUGAACCCCCACCGGUACAUGUCAGAGUGAUUAGUGUUCAAGUCUCUGAUUGGUUGUUUGCUUAUGCUUUGAUUGGCUUGUGACACCCAAACGUCCACUUCCCCCAAACCUGCAGCAUAGUGGUCAAAAUAAAUAAGAUUAAGGUUUUAUUUCAAAAGAUGCUCAAAGGCCAACGGCACCAGUCAUCACCAAUCCUCUACCCCAGCCAUGCUAAUCCUAAACCUGCAUUUGGCUUUAAAGCUGAUCAAUUUGACGUUAGUUUGUAAUUGAUUUAUUAGAUGAAGGACAUUUUACUGAAGGAUUUGUUGAUUGCACAAUAAUUUAGACCAACUGAAGGAGGUCAAUUAAACGGAAGAUUGUCCAUAGAUUUUUAAAAGACUUGAAUGUUUAUGAAUAGUGUAUUUAUUAGGAUUAGUCGUAACAACACUCUUAAGUCACCGUAUUCACCACAGUGAGUGUCAUCAGUCUUGAGAAAACAUACUUUCUUAUUGUUUGUGUUACUGUAUAUUUCAUCCCGCAGGGUCACCCUAAUGUUCACUCUGUGCCUUUUAAACUUUGGGUGUAAAGAACUGGUGGCACUGGUAGGUCCAUGUCAGCAGUGUAAGGUAAAUAACACAUGAACAAUCAUUUAAAGUAUAUUUUGAUUAAGGAUGAGUUUUAAUGCAAAAUUUUACAUUACUUGAUUUGUUGUCAGUUUCUAUGCUACGGUUAUUACUCAAUAUAUGUAUAAUGAACUGGUUUUUUUUUUUCUCAUAAAUGCUGGAUUUGGUUUCAUGGAAGGGUAUUGUGUAUGCUGACAACUAUAUGCUGUCUGUCUGUGUUUCUGUUGUACACACACAGCAGUCUUUUCACAAUCUGCUUGUCUUUUAACCAGGGUUCCUGUUGAAUGUGUAAAUAUAUUUACUGUAAUGUUUGGUGCGAUUGAUUGCGUUUGUCUUUACGGCUGUAAUAUGCUGCCGCUUGGGCUGUGAAUUUGACAAGAGCAUGAUCAGGCUAAUCAUCCACCAUCUGGAUAAGGUAUUAUUAACAUUUAUUAUGCAUAUGUUGUCAUUACCCAAAAUCACACGCACUUGUGAUUUCCCUGGCUUUUAUUUAUUAAGCCUGUAAGAAUAGAGUUGCUGUUACAGGAUCAGUUCAGCUUGUUUAAACAUGUAGACUAAUGCCAGUGUAAACAUGGAAAUCUGAUCUUUGAUCAGCAAACCUUUACUGCUAGCUGUGCGAGUCGACUUCCUUGAAUCGAAUCAUCUGUUUUCUGUUUGGAUGGGGCCCAUUUGGUAUUUCAUUACAGUAGAGGUUAGGCCAGUUCUCUGUACAGUGCCAUUUAAACAUAUAGAUACUCUCCUUACUAAUAAGAGACAACUAAUGAUUAUUAACUGUAGAUGUUUUCUUAAAAAAAACUACUAAUAAUUACAUUAACUUUUUUUUUCUUCCUAUUUGUUUGGUUUGCACAUCAUGUAAAAUCCUCCAUUUUCUUUUUGUGUGCUUUUGUGAUGUAUUUUUGAAUAAAAAUGAAACCACUAUCAUUCCAUAUACUUUCA